AUGAAUGGUGAUAGUGCCAAACAGUAUGAAAAAAAAAUUAAAACCGCGGAAUUUAAAUGUUUAAAACUAAUCAGGAAAAUAGAGAAUCUUAAACUAAAAACUACAUUUGUAGCAAAGCUGGAAUUACCUCAUAAAGUGCAAAUACCUAGUGAAUUCAGGAGGUAUUUUAAAUAUAUUAUAGGGGCUACUGUGGUCGCCUUUUUAGGCUUUAUUCUGUCCUGGAUUUUUAAUCAGUUCUAUACUGAGAAUGACUGCAUUCUUCAACUGCCAUCAUCGUCUAAGUCUCUCUUUCGACCUCCAGAGGACUGUUCCAUGUGCAUAAACAUAAAGAACGUCACGAGACUAUCAGAUAUCACGGCCGAGGAAUUUGAGGAGCUGUUUGCAUAUACCACUAAACCUGUCAUUGUGACCGAUGCUACGAGAGAUUGGAGGGCGAUUGAAGAGUUUAGCUAUGAUUUCUUCGCGGACUUCUAUCUAAACGAGAAGAAAGGAAAGAGAAUCAAUGAUUGCUUCUAUUUUUCGUAUAAAUCUGGUUUGAAUUCUCUGGAAGAAGUGUUUACUAUGGACGAGAAUCGCGCCAACCUCUCUGGUGAACCGUGGUAUGUUGGUUGGAGUACCUGUUACGAUGAGGAGACCAGAAAACUAAGGAGUUACUACAGCCGACCUUACUUCUUACCAAAAACGGCCGAGAGUGAUAUGGUCGAUUGGAUCUUUAUGGGAGGACCUGGACAAGGGGCGCAUAUGCAUGUGGACUCAGUGCGUCACAUAUCGUGGCAGGCACAGAUUCGCGGUCGCAAGCAGUGGGAACUGGCGCCGCCACCCGAAUGUAUUUACUGGUGUGACUGGAUCACUUUUACUGUGGAGCCAGGGGAAAUACUGGUGGUGGAUACAAAUCGCUGGUAUCACAAGACCACAGUCCUGCCGGGAGACAUCAGCAUAACUAUUGGAGCCGAAUUUGACUGA